AUGGUUGUGGCAACUGGUUUGAUGAUGGUUUGUGGUUUGCGUUUCAGGCUGUUCACAACUUUGGAAAUUGGGACUGGCUCUGCAAACUUUGUGUCUGCCUUUCUGACCUUUGGCAGCGAAGAUCUCCCCACUCGCCUUCCACUCAUCGCCCUGUCCUUCAUUAUGUCCCAAGGGCUGCUCACUAUGACGUUCCUUGGACUCUUUCAGCCACUGAGCUUCAGGUUCCAUUUCCCUCUGCAGUUAUGUGCAUCAGCUUUCCUACUCUCCACGUUGGGCCUCGAGGUGUGCAGGCAGACUGGCACAGGAGGGAUUCCUAGGACAGAAUGGAUAUUUGAAGAGCUUGACGCUGUCGUGACGUGGACAACAGUGCCAUUCGCCAAACUUUGUGAACAACUGCUGCUGGGCGCAGAUAAAUAUCCAUGCUUGCAAACAGUGACUUGGCUCCUGGGACGGCUGCGUGAUGGGCUGGUGUUGAAAGUGGAGUACCCAUGUUUGCAGAUGGCGAUGUUUCUUCAAGGAUAUGUUGGUUUUGGCGUAAUCUCAUACUUUGUCUGGCUCUCCGAGCGCCGAUCAAGAGUAAUUUUUAUUCAGAGGCUGCGGAGUGACGUUAGGCCGACAGAGCCCAUAAAACCGCUGGACUGGUCAGCUGUUUUUAGACACACCUUCUAUUUUUUUGCUGCAUACGUGAUCUUGUGGAAAAUUUUUCUGAUCUUUGCUCCCCGCAUCAUAAACUGGGGAAUGUGA